CGACUCCCAGUGCUGCGAUGAACAAGCGUUGACAGGGGACUUGUCCGCGCCGCGCAAGACACGGUUCUGAACGCGUUGCGCUCGGAGGUUCCCGCGGCGUCGUGGAGAUCAGGUUUGGCCUCGCUGGCAAGCUGAACUUGGUCGAUUUGGCUGGAUCGAAAAGCAGUCGAAACACACUCGGCGGGCGGGGGCCAGAACGGACGAAGUCAAACACGUCAACAGGAGUGUCUCAAACAACUGCAUCGCGAUGUUGAAGCAGCCUGGACGGAAACGCAUUCUGUACAGAGACUCGACGCUCACGCAGUUAUCCUCGCUUGGUGGUGUCGCGCGCUCAGUACGUUGGGUGUGCCAUUCCCUGUUGAAGAUGGUCCUCGCAAGUCGCAGGUCGUCCUCGCAACUAUCCAUGGGCUUGCCACCGACAAGACCAUCCAAACGAUCCAGUUUGCGGUAGCUCCAAUGGUCCAGGACUUGCUGACAGGGUGAGGACACUGAAUGCUAUCAGCGUGGGCAUGGUUGGGACGCUCGUCUUCGCGGCGAUGGCCGACGCGGUCCAAGGAUUUCCCGAGGGUAGCGCUGCUCGCCUUGUGGUUCAACACGGAUGGUCGAUGAUGCUGGUGGUGGGUGACGCUCGUGCGGACAAUGGAUGGUCAGGACGAUGGUGGCGCUAUCAAUGGCCAACGCCCUAUUUGUCUUUGAGGUGGUAGUGCCGACGGUGUGGCAACGAACUCUGCCCCAAACACCUUGGUCAUGUCCAUCGCUUGUCGUCGUGGUUGGACGCUGCUGUUUCUCAAGAAAGCAGUACACAUUCAAAGCUGUCUUUGCCAACGUCGCCCUUCGCGCGGCGUGGACAACGCCAACGACAUGGAUGCGUUUGAUGGCAGGUGUGACUGCUCUGUUCGUGUUGUGUGGAUUUAUGUGUGUGUUGCUGCCGUUGACGAAUCCUCCGACCCGUCGAAAAUCUGGAUGCAGCAGGAAGUUGCUGGUAACGCCGUGUUUCAGUUCGCUUGGCUCGUCAUUCGAAGCAAAAACGACUGUGGCCAUCUCGUCCCAUCUUGCACACGAUAGUGACACUACAAACAUGCGUGCGAUUCUGUAUCCAGAAGAGGCGCAUGACAUCCACAUGAUCUGCUUUGACGCGGUGGUCGUACUGGUGUCGUUGCCAGUCGGCGUCGUGUGGUGCAUUGUCGCAUAUCUGGUUUGCGGAGGCCACAAAUUGCCCAACGUCUCGACAUGUGGCUGCCAUGUACCGCCGCCACGUACCGCACUUGUCAGCGUGGAGAUUUGUUCUCGGUGGACCUUGUUCGAUCGAUGUCGUCGCUCAGCGUUUCGAUCGACACGAUGGUCGAAAAUUGAAAAUUCAAUCCCCAUGACGGCCACGAGCAUGUGCCACGCCUUGAUUUAUGGACGCAUUGGCGCAAUUGUUGCGUCCCUCGUACCUUGCGAACAAGAUGACCUCACAAGCUCCACCACCUCUGGAUAUCUGUGGAAAGCGCUGCGACGUCGUUUGCUGGACGCUUGACCGUCGGUCCGGUCGUGUCGACGAUUGUCCAAGUGGCUGUGGCCACUUGGACAAUCGCCACCGAUCCACACUACUUAUCAAGGUAUCAUACGAGCAAUCUCAACGACGAGCAUGCUGUG